AUGGCAUCAACGCGGAGCAUAUUGUUCCUCACAAACAACGAAUUAGGCCAAUGCAAUGUUGCCUUUGCGGUUGCCGAGGAAUUUUUGCGCCGCGGCGAGUUCACCGUGCAUAUUGGCUCGUACAGCCCUUUGGCAGGGCUCGUGGAGGAUUUGAACAAACGCGUCGAUUGCGGUCGAUCUGUGGAAUUUCACGAAAUUCUCGGACCAUCUAUGACGGAUCUAGCAGUUCGCAGCAAUGUUGGUCUCCUCUUUCACCGACCGGGAGUGAAAGGAGCCACACAAGGUUUCCAAAAGGUCGCUACCGCCAUUCGCAACUGGAGGCCAUCGGAGUAUCACAUCGCCUACCAGAGUUGUUUAGCGAUGAUCGACAAAGUACGUCCCGAUAUCGUCGUGGUAGACCCAAUCCUUCACGUUGGCUUGGACGCGUGUCGAACGGCCAAAGCUCGAGUGGUCGUGCUUUGGCCUGUUCCGCUGAAGGAUGUGGUUAUCACUAUUCAGCCCAAGGCUGGCAUCUUCUGGAAGUAUCCUGUCACAGGAUCAGGGUAUCCCUUCCCACUACCAUGGAAAUUGCUUUUGAAUAACAUCUACCUGGUAUUUCGCGUGGUGAUGGCACUUGCCAUGGGGAAGCAAGAACCCGACGAACCCCAAGACGGCAAAAAGGUGGAGGGUCGAAGCCCAUUCCCUCUGGCGAGUGCCUAUUCCAAGGAUUCCUUGAGUUUGACCCCAGCAUUCAAGGAACUGGACUUUCCACUUCAAGUUCCCGACAAUGUGGCCAGCUGCGGUCCAAUUCUUCGGCAGUGUCCGCCUCUUUCGACCUCUGACCCCGAGCUAGACGCCUGGCUGACGGAGCCGACGGUUCUCAUCAAUCUUGGAUCCCACGUUCGACCAUCCGAGUCCACUGCCGUUCAGAUGGCAACGGGAAUCCGAACCGUCAUCACCGAACGCCCCGAUAUAAAGGUUUUGUGGAAACUGAAAUAUGACUGGGAGAGUUCAGAGCAGUUCCAAAAGGUUUUGGGCCCACUAAUCACUAACGGAUCGGUGAAAGUGGUGUCUUGGAUUCAGGCCGACAUCAUGUCUGUUUUACAGACUGGGCGGAUUGCCACAUAUGUCCAUCACGGAGGAGCUAACUCCUACUUUGAAGCAUGCAAGGUCGGUGCUCCUCAAGUCGUGCUACCCCAAUGGCUGGACACUUAUGACUGUGCAACCCGAGUUGAAUGGCUUGGAAUCGGACUGAACGGCAGUCGGACUGCCGCCCCUGGCGUCGAGGCAGGCGAGUUUUCAAGGGCUUUGCUUCAGGUUUUGAGUGACGCAGGCAUUCGUGCUAAAUCGGCCGCAGUGAAAGAUCUUUGCGGGGGAUCUGAGGGACGGGUUCAGGCGCAUGACCGCAUUGUCCAGUUUUGUCUAAAUUAG